AUGCCGGCGCCUAAAGGGGAUUCGAUGCGGGGAUUAUCUGUUUUCAUUUCAGAUAUUAGAAAUUGCAAGAGCAAAGAAGCUGAAAUAAAACGGAUUAAUAAGGAGCUUGCUAAUAUUCGAUCGAAAUUCAAGGGUGAUAAAAUGCUUGAUGGGUAUCACAAAAAGAAGUAUGUUUGCAAACUCCUUUUCAUUUUUCUUCUUGGACAUGACAUUGAUUUUGGGUACACUGAGGCCGUCAAUCUUCUUUGCUCCAAUCGCUAUACAGAGAAGCAGAUUGGUUAUUUAUUCAUAUCCGUCCUCCUAAACGAUACCCACCCUCUGAUGAACCUAGUCAUAAGCCGUAUUCGUGAUGACAUGUCUGGCCGCAACCCCGCUUUUGUUAAUCUUGCUCUCCAAUGUGUGGCCAAUAUCGGAAAUCGAGAAAUGGCCGAACAAUUUGGAUCAGAGAUCCCCAAACUGCUGGUCUCUAGUGAGACAUCAGAUUCGAUCAAACAAAACGCUGCUCUUUGUCUCUUACGUCUACUUCGUGUUGCUCCGGAUCAAAUGACCGAUCUUGAUUGGAUUUCCCGUGCAAUUCAUCUUCUCAAUGACCCCCAUUUGGGUGUUGUGACCUCUGCUGUCAGUCUAAUCGAGGAGUUAAUUAAGAGGAAUCCAGAAGAAUGCAAGAGUUGUGUUCCUCUUGCUGUUGCUCGAUUAAGCAGAUUGAUAACAUCAUCUUACACGGAUCUACAAGACUAUACGUACUAUUUCGUGACUGCACCGUGGUUGUCGGUUAAGCUGCUUCGACUUUUGCAAAACUAUCCUCCUCCCGAAAACACAACAGUCCGCUGCCGCUUGACCGACUGUUUGGAUACCAUCUUGAAGAAGGUUCAGGAGCCGCCCAAGUCAAAGAAGGUUCAGCACCCCAACGCCAAGAAUGCCGUUCUCUUUGAGGCGAUCAAUCUCAUCAUUCACAUGGACUGCGAUCGCAAGCUGCUUGUUCGUGCCUGCAACCAACUGGGUCAAUUCCUUCAGCACAAAGAAACCAAUCUCCGCUACUUGGCUCUCGAAUCGCUCUGCCUUCUUGCAACGAGUGAAUUCAGUCACGAGGCAGUAAAGAAACAUCAGGAGACUAUUGUCACUGCUCUCAAGGUUCGCUAG